UCUUACAACCGGACAGUGUCUACCGUCUGGGAUUGCAUCUGGGAAAAUUGAACUUGUAAGAGGAAAAUAUCGUCAUAAACAACGGGAAUAGAUGGUAGUUAUCCUUCAGUCAACCAGUUUAAUUAUCCAAAUAUUCCAAGAUUGUAAAAUAAGAGGUGGACGCUUGGAUUUCUGUAACUUUGAACAUCAGGCAACAUUUAGGGCAACAAAUAAGACGCAAUAAGCAAGUAUUUCGGAUAUUUUAAACAUGUAUUGAAGGUACUUCUGUAUUUGACGUGCUAUGAGCUUAAAAGCACAAGGAGAGAACAGUUCGUGUGUUUUGGGAACUUGGUAGGCUACAGAAGCAUCGACCACCCCCACCCUCCCUCCUCUUCCAAAAACUAAGAGUGGGGGUAAAGACACAGGCAGCGCUGUCGCACUGCUGGGAACAUUCUGGAUAUAAUAGAUAUAGCGGAGUCGUUUUCACGGGAAACAAUGGAUUGCUAAACUUGAUUCAUCUAUGCUUAACGUCGAAUUACACCGGUAUCCCGUCUCCGCGCUGCGUUUUUGCAUAGCGGACUGCAAGUGUUUUGUACCGCAGGCAGCCAAAGGGAAAGAUAGACGUAACUGCAAACUCGUUUAACUGCACAACUUGGAGUCACUGUGCCGUGGGCUAGUAGAUACAAUUAGAGAUUGUAAGCGAAAUACUCUUAGUUCAAAUCUCUGGGGCUCUGCCAGCGUGCGCCGUCCAACUCCGAUCCCAGCGGAGUACCAGCAUAUCCCAUCACACCGGACAGGAAUUUGGACUGUGUCUCGUGUUUAAGUUGAAUGCCUGAACGAAUUCGCCUCGUUUGAACACGUCUUGCCGUUCAGGAGUUCCAGAGUCCAGGGAAGUCCGAACAUUUGUGGAAAGGUUGCUUACAUGGCGAUGGCGAUGUUGCCGAGUUUUUGGAUAUUCCUGAUGGCUGUCUACGUGCCAGGCGGAGGGGCGCAGACGGUGCAGAUGGACGCCAGCAAGUGGGGGUUCGUGGGCUCCCAGGUGGAACUGCGCUGCCUGUUCGUCAACAGCAACCCCCCGGUGAAGAUCUCGCAGGUCACCUGGCAGAAGUUCCUCAACGGCACCAAGCAGAACGUGGCCAUCGCCAACCCCAGCCUGGGCGUGUCCGUGCUGCCGCCCUUCAAGGAGCGCGUGAGCUUCAAGCAGCCCGCCGUCCGCCACCGCACGCCGUCCCUGGAGGACACCACCAUCACCUUCUCCAACCUGCGGCUCAACGACGAGGCCGCCUACAUCUGCGAGUACACCACCUUCCCCGCGGGCAACCGCGAGAACAUGGUCAACCUCACCGUCCUGGCCCGGCCGAUGAUCUCCAUGACGCUGUCGGCGCCCACCAUCGUGGCUCGCUCGUCGAACCGCAAGCUGACGGUGGCGAGCUGCCUCUCGGCCAACGGGAAGCCUCCCAGCACCAUCACCUGGGACACGCGGCUGAAGGGCGAGGAGGUCAACCAGGAGACGCAGAACGCCAACGGCACGGUCACGGUCCUCAGCAACUACGUGCUGGUGCCCAGCCGCGCCACGCACAAGCAGAAGCUCACCUGCAUCGUCACCUACCGCAACGAGAGGAUCACAGAGAGCGUCAUCCUCAACAUCCUGUACGAACCGGAGGUGACGGUUGAGGGGUUUGACGGGAACUGGUACCUGAACCGUCCGGACGUGCGUCUCAUCUGCAAGGCUGAUGGCAACCCACCCGCCACUGUGUACCAGUGGAAGAUGUUGAACGGCACGAUGCCCGCCAACGCGGAGAUCCGCAACGACACCCUGCUGUUCAAGGGGCUGGUCACGAACGACGUGGCGGGAACAUACGUGUGCGACGCCACCAACAGCAUCGGGACGCGCUCGGGCCAGGUGGAGGUCAAUGUCACAGAAUUCCCUAACAUCCCGCCACCCGGGGGCCACGAGAUCCCGCAGGAGCAGCAGAGCUCCGGGGCGGCCAUAGGGGGCGCUGUGGGCGGAGUGGCACUGCUGGCCGCGGCCGGCGCCCUCCUCUUCGUCUUCCUCCGCCGGCGACAGCGCACCUUCAAGGGCGACUACAGCACCAAGAAGCACGUGUUCGGCAACGGCUACAGCAAGGCCGGGGGCCUGCCCGCCCACCCGCCCAUGCCCAAGAACCUGCAGUACCCCGAGGACUCGGACGACGAGAAGAAGCCGGCCCAGAUCGGAGGCCCCGGCGGCGGUUUCGAGGGCAGCGAGAGGGACUUCGACGGAGACGCCGAGGACCUGAAGAGGCCCUAUUUCACGGUGGACGAAGGCGAGAGCCGGGAGUACGACGAGCGGACUCUGGCCUUCCAGUAUGACCCCGAGCCUGAAAUCGCCGACGACAUGGUCUCCCAGACCGACGGCUCCGUCAUUUCAAAGAAGGAGUGGUACGUGUAA